UAAUUGGGAUAUUGGGUGUUCCAGAUUUAUAUGAAUCUUUUGGAUCAUGUGAAACGAGUGACACUCUUGGCAUGUCAUCUUCAUCUUCAUCUUCUUGUUCUUCUUCCAAUAUCUAUAGUCAACUUGAUAUGGUCAAAUAAAAUCAAACAUCAAUCUCUUGAACUUGGCCAGGUAAGUGGGUUAGAUGCAAUACAAACAAUGAAACAACCAUAGUUUGUGACGCCAACUUAGGAACGUUCGCCUAAUCUCCAUUCCUAGAAUUCAUCACCACUACAUAGUUUUAGUUAGUAUCUCCUAAUUCUACUUCCUUCAAAUCAAAACAUUUGUCUCUGUAAAUGCAAAUCCGAUGCCGAAUCCAGCAAUCCCACGUUCUACUUCUGAUCCUUUUCUCUCUUCUUCCUCAAAAUCAAAAACCCAACACCGUGUCACUCCUUCCACUCGCUCAACUUGCUCGGGCUCUCGCUCGAGCAAGUCUUCUUAUUGGCAAGCUUGGAGUAAUGUAAACAAGCUUGGUAGCCUUAUUAGUAUCAGAAGGAGAAGCAACGAUUCUUCUCAUUCUGACUUAACAGAAGAGAGUCUUGAAGCUCAUAACAAAAGACAAGCAGCAAUUUUUCAGACCGAAGUUGUUAAUAAUGCUCAUCAAAGUCUCAUUGAUGAUAGAAAUGCUAAGUGUAGUCCAUAUUAUAAAGGACUUACUGAUUAUUCGCUUAUUCUCAACCGUGAAAGGUUUCUUUCCCCAGCGGCUGCUGCUGCUGCGUCAACUAGUCCUGGACGUGAAAGCCAUGCAACUACUAUUGCCACUACUUCCUCUUCUUUUUCUUCUUUUGUUCUUGUUAAAAUGCAAGAAUGGACUUCUUGCUUUAAUAAGUCUUCCAAGCAAAAUAAUACUAAUGCUCCUGCUCCGGUUCCGGUUCCAGUCCCAGUCCCUGUUAUGGCUGCUUCUUUAGCUCCUGCGGAAGCCACCGCAGGAGUUGAACAGGGCCAGCCUAGUUGCUCUUAUUCUUCUUCUUGGGAGAAGAAGAAAGAGAGUGGCCAUAAGAAUGUUUUGAGUGUUAUUAGCGAGGAGAAGCCAUUGAGGGAGAGAGUAUCAUCAUCAGAAUCUAAUAAGCCAUCAACACUAUCACCACCACCACCACAGCCGCAGCCACCUCCGCCUCCAGUGUGUAGGACUAGUAAUAUUGAUGAGAAAAAAGAGAAGAUCAUAAAUACGUUGAUUGAAAGAAAAUUUACAUGGGCUGAUAAGUACAGGCCUAAAGCUUUGAAAGAUUUUAUCUGCCACAAAGCAACGGUCACCAAAGUCCAGGAUUUGUUUCGAGACAUAGAUUGUAACCAUUUCAUAUUUGAAGGACCUGCUGGUGUGGGGAAAAGAACAAUGAUAUGGGCUAUGAUGCAAGAAGCAUACGGACCUGAUAGAAUACAGACAAGGGAAGAGUGCAAGUCAUUUAAGAUGAAGGGGGAAUCAGUUGGUAGUAUAGAAGUAAGAAUAAAGGUAUCUUCUCAACAUAUAGAAGUAAAUCUCUGUGAUUUUAAAGGUUAUGAGAAGCAUGUCAUUAUUCAACUUAUCAAAGAAACGAACAACAACAGGAUUUCCAAGAAUGGUUUGCACUCCAUAACAGAUUCUUGCAAAGCAAUCAUUUUAUACAAUGCAGACAAGCUAUCUGCAGAUGCUGUUCUAUAUAUUAAGUGGCUACUAGAAAGGUAUAAAGGGUCUAACAGAUUUUUCUUUUGCUGCAAUGAAGUCUCCAAGCUGCGGCCAAUUAAAGAACUUUGCACCUCUGUUCAGCUUUCGUUGCCUUCAGAUGAAGAGAUUGUUGAAGUUUUAGAAUUUAUAGCUAAACAAGAAGGCAUAGAAUUGCCACACCAAUUUGCUAAAAGGAUAGCUAUAACUUCAAAGAAUAAUCUCCGUCAAGCCAUUCGUUCGCUGGAAGCCUCCAGGCAAAGAAGUUAUCCUUUCACAGAAGAUCAAGUUAUUUUGACCGGAUGGGAAGAUGAUAUUGCAAAUAUUGCUAAGGACAUGAUCCAAGAACAAAGCCCCAAACAGCUAUAUAUCAUUAGCGGAAAGCUUCAAAAUCUAAUAGAGCAUGAUGUAGCCCCUGACUUCAUAUUCGACACUCUAGUUCUUGAACUGAAAAAUAAUUUGGAUGAGGUUGUUCAAGGACAACUCGACAGUCUAUACAAGGAUUACAACAGAAAAGAUGGAAACAUGUUAGAAUGUGAGAAUCAACUAUUGUUUCUGCAUAGUCGACAUGAGGAAGCUGAGUUCAUAGCAAAAUUUAUGAGCCAGUACAAGUUACAUAUAACCACAAAUAAAAGCAUGCAACACGAUAGUGGUACAUGA